AUGUCGACCCCUAAGAUGAUUUUGACAGACAAAAAGUACUUCUAUACAGCAGAGGAUUUCCAUUGGUCCAAACUGUGGUCGGGUACCGGGAAGGAGACUUUAGAGCUGAGCAAGGUGAAGUUUACACUCAUAGUUGAUUUGUUGUUACUUGUCCUAAUUAGAAAUUGAAAUUCGAUAAUGUAUUUUCUCAAGUAUGAGUUGUGAUUGUUUACUGUAGUUUGAUAAAGAGCUUCAGGAAUGCUGGGAUGCUGCAUUAGAGGCUGGUUCAUUUGCUUACAAACUGCAUCAUGUGGAAGGCAGAAUUGUACCUGGUAAAUAUGGAGUAUUUGUCCAGGUAAACACUCUACCGGAUACAUGUUCUACUAAUUUAUGAAAAACAGCAUACUGUAGGGAAAGCACCUCUUAAUGUAUUCACUCCCAAGAUCCCAAUAGUCAUUCUCACUAUCCAUCACACAGCUUGUAUAAUUUGAGUGAUGAGAAUUGAUGUUGGAUCAGAUAAUAAUCCCUCACAAUAUUUUCUUCCUUCUUGUUUGCGUAAUAUCAUACUGUAAAGAGAAAUUGCCUUGAUCACUCUUAGGAGUGAAAGGCUGAAAAUGUAUUGUAAUUUCUUUCCCUGAUAAUAAAUUUUCAUUUUCAAAUUCAAAAUGAAAAUAAGCAGGGUAAAUUCUCAUUGUUGUCAAAUAUGAUCAUGUUCCAAUAGUAGAUGGUUGUAUUGUCAAGUAACAGUUUGGAUAAGUGAAUACAUGUCCAUGUACAUACUACAAAGCUUUUAUUUAAGAACUAGAACAUCUCUGAAGGAAGGAUUGUUGGAGAGAGAUUUUAACUGGUAGUAAUGUAAUGUUAUAUUUGCUCUUUUAGUUGAAUGAGAUGAGAUUUAACAAGAGAAGAAAACCUGAAACAAUAAACAGUAUCUCUCAACCUUUUAAUCACGACAAAUUCAACUUCACAAAAGUACACAGAAAAGAGGUAAAUGUGUACUUUAUUGUCUACCUAUAAAAGCAUAUGUAUAUAGGUCACAUGAUUUUGAGUGCAAUUUGAAAUUAAUAGACACAAGUAAACUUUCUGAAGACAACAAAAUUGAAUGAGCCUUAAGUACAACUGCAAUUUGUAAUCUUUAUAAAUUUUGCAGGUGCUUAUGUACACCAAAUUGCAGGAGAUUUCAAAUUGUUACUUAAGUUGUUAAUAAUUUACAUGAAAAAGCAUCUUAGAAAGUCAAGACAGAAAAAAUGUUGACAGUGGGCACUAUUUGUAAUUUGGACUUGUGAAACAAGUUUGCACUUGUGUUACAUGAUAGAUGUGCUCGUUUUCAGCCAAUCAGACAUGCAUAAUUUUUUUUUUUUUAUGUUUAUUAUUAUAUAAGGUAACUGUUUGGCAACUUAGUGUUGAAUCCUAAAUUGUAAUUUUAUAUACAUGUAGGUAUUGUUUGCACUUUGUCCAGAGGACUUUCCAAGAGAAACUACAACAGAAGAUGAACAACAUCCUAUGAUAAUAAAUGUGAGUCCUUUGGAGUAUGGUCAUUGUCUGUUGAUCCCAAGUGUCUGGUCGUGUCUACCACAGGUAUUGUACUAUAAAUUCUGCUGAUCUGGAAUUUUUUUGUUGUGGUUUGAGAACUUUUAUGUGAAUGAGACUUUUGUCUCAGGUCAGAUAAUGUCAGUAAAUAAAAGAAAUACUGUAAAUUAAAGAAAAUAAUGUGGUUGUUCAAUAAAUCUCUUUUUGGCAAUAAAGGAUGAAUAUCAAAUACUGCAGCAUAUGUGGAAAGUACAUGUGCAUAAUCUUUUGACACUGUAUUGCCUAUAGAAAAUGUACCUGUAUACUGGAUUUGAUCUGUGCAUUCAUGAGCCUUUCAGCUGGUAUUGAGUUAAGCAGUAGAGAGAUUGGACAGAGUGAUAAACAAUGUAACAUCAGUAGCCUCCUCACACUAUUUUCAUUUCUUUUUAUCAGCAUUGCUCAGGUGUCAGCGGUUUUAAUGCACCAUUUGAUUGCUGUCUAGCCAAUCAUUAUUUUUCUGUAUGAUGAUCCAAAUUUUUCGUAAACACAGGUGCUCACUGAGGAUGCAUUGCUACUUGCUCUUGAGAUAUCCAUGCUUAGUAAUCACAGGUACAUGGAAAUUGAUUCACUUUACACACAUCUUCUAGUAAAAUUGUAUUAGUUUUUACAAUAGGGAGUUCAACAGAAACAAUGAUGGUGACGCUCUGGACAAUGUCUGUUAAAAAACUGAACUUAUAUUUUACUUAUGAAUCUCAUGAUACAGUCAUUUAGCUUGUUUCUCACAGUCAAAACUAUUUGGAAACUGAAUACAGAACACAGCGUUAACUAAGAAAUAGAAAUUCAAAUAAUAGUCCUUGUUGUCCACAUUCUCCUGACAAAACAAAUUUUGAACAUUUCACAUUGUUGUUUUGCAGAGGAGGCAAAGAAAUUACAAAGAUUUAUAAUGCACAUGCACAGCCAUUGCUCUGCUCUUUAAGAUUUUUGUUUAGUGAUGUUCCCAUUGCUGUUGCCGUCAUGGUUUUCUGUAACUCCCUUAUACCUCAUUGUUCCCUUGUGCUUUUUAACACUUUACUGUCGCUAGUAGAGAGCAAGAUCAAAUCCAUCUCAUUGAGAUUAAGUUGUAAGAGAGGAAUGCCUACAUGUACAGUGUAGGAGUGAGAAAAUGUAGAAAGAAAGACAGUACUUGUGUUUCUGUGGUGUUGACCUUAAUACAGGAGCACAUGUAGGUUGUUUCAUGGCUCAGUUGUGUUGUCAGUCCACUUUGUUCACUCCACUUUGUGCCAGGGAGAGUUGGCUAGAAAAUAACCCCUCCCCUCCCCCCCAUUAACUCUCCUUAUGUUUCACGAUGAAAUAACCUUUUGUGCUCUCAUGAUUGAAUUGCCAUCUUUUCAUUUACCUGCAAAGUUGCUGAGAUUCUAUGCUUCAACGAUCUUCCCUUAGCACAUUGUGUGCAGGAGGACUGGAACUAGUUUGAGCUCUCCCUGCAUUUACAUACACUCAGGCUCCAAGUUCUAUUUUUCAAAAAGUCGCCUUUUAGUGACCUUCAAUUGUAGAAAAAUCAACAAUUAGUGACCUGUGUCAAAAUUUUAGUUGCCAAUUAUAUUUUUCACUCACCAUGGUGUACAAAAUGCUCACAGCUUGGAGCACAGAUACUCUGUAGAAACAAAAGCAUUAAUGUGUCAUGCACAUACACAUAGUCUGAAUAAUUUGACAAAGGUAAAAAAAAACUUGCACUUAAUCGUAUCUAUACUUUGCAGAUCAUUGAUUCAGUCUCAUUGCAUAAAUCUGUCUUCAUUGCAGAGGAUUUCAUGUUGGAUUUAACAGUCUGUGUGCACAUGCAUCAGUAAAUCAUUUACAUUUCCAUACCUGGUACAGUGAACACCCAUCCUAUCUUGAAACAGCUGUAAGUCAAUAUAGCACUAUAACAGUAUAACUUAUCAACGAAAAAAAAAAGACACUCCUGUGAGAGACAUUUUGGCUUGAGGGGAAGAAACAGGACUACAGAUUGGGAGUCUGGGUCGAGUUUUGUAAUAUUUGUGUUUUUGCGCGAGUCUGGGCCUAAGUCCCUCUCUCCAACCUCUGGGAUUGUUGGAGAGCAUUUCGAUUGAAGGUCGGAAAACCAAGAACAGCCAAUCAGAGGAAUGGAAAAUAUAUCAAGGAGCCAAUGAGCUCGCAAUUUAAAAACAAAUAAGCAGCUCGAAGCGCGGGAAAGCAUUUAGUUUAACAGGUGGAAAAUAAUUAUUUUAUUAUUCUCUCGUCUCGUUAAACUUUUUUACUAUACUACUUUACUAUCUCGCGAUGGUUCCCCCAAGUGUCUGGGUCAUUUUCAAGAAGUCUCGCUGACCAAGUAGUUGUACCGCGUAAUUGGUUGCUUCUCUUUCUCAGAACAUGUACGCGUUCUAAGGGGGGCCUCUUGUAAAAAGAGAGAUUUUUUUAGGGGUGUUGCAUGUAGGCUAUAGGACCCUCGUUCAGUUUUAAAUACGUAAUCAUUAACAAUUACUUCUGAUAAUUUUCCCUCUAAUUUUGACCUAUAUUUAGUACCUGUUUACAAAAAUAUCGCUAGGAGUAUUAGUUUUGAUCAUGAUGGUUUUGUUGUGGUAAACAGGAUGUCAGCCUUGUUUCCGGAAACGUUUUCGAAGUCAUGGAUUAUCCAACAACGGCGUUCGUCUUUGAGCUGGCCCCAGGGACUGAUGUGGGCCUUGUUGCACGGUAAGUAAUUGAAGAUGACGAACAUAUAACGCUGUUUGAGCAAAGAAAUCACUUGUAGAUUGGUUUCCAGUCACGAUUGAUGCAUAUCUCUAAACGAAAAGUAACUACUUGAAAUCAAAUUUCAGUUAGAGCAGCAUUCUCCCGUCGAAAUAUCUUGCGAGAUAAUUUUUAUCGAUUAAGUUCACAAUGACUGGAAAACAAAAAGUAAAAUGCUGAGUAUAGCCGCUGUAUUACUGAGUGUUAUAGCGGGAGCUUACGGUACACUGUUGUAUCAAACAAUUUGUCCGUGCAUGAAUGACGGUUCCCGAAUUCAACUAAUAAAAUGAUUGGCUGGCUCACGAUGUGGUCAGUCUACAAGUCUUUUUGCUCCAACGGAUGUAGAUUUCACCAAACGAGAUACUCUUAACUGGUUAUAAGUCUGAAAUGUACCAAUGGUGGAUAAACAACUUUGUGGCGAAACAACUCGGAUAUUUACUUUGAAUUCCGUGUAAAUGCACAGAUGAAUGUUACAAGGGACUGUUUAAUUUCCAGAUUUUUACACUUUUCACUGUUAUCUUAUUUCGAACCCACAGCACAAUACACAAAGUUUCGUCAUAUUUUAUUCAAGAGGAGGUUGCACAUAACCUGCAUAUAAUUCGAGGCGCAAGAUGCCGUCCUAGCAAUCAAAGGAAUGGAAUUACGCAAGGCGACCGCGAUGUGUGUUCAGUUCUCAGAGUAUUCCUCUGGCCAAGGAACCCUGUCCAUGGUGAGACAAGUCUCGAAGAUGUGACAUUAAUAGUAUUAUAAAAAAAGAAAGGUAGUGAAACUUUAAGUUGGGCCCAUUCAAGUGACGUUACUUUGUAUUAUUGUCAAGUUAAACUGAUUUUGCUGGUCAAAAUGGUUCUAACUCUGUUGUUUUUUGCGAACCCCUAGUAUAAAACCUUUCAUGUAAACGCCAUUUGGUUAUGCAUAAAAGUUGAUUAAGGCAUCAAUGUGUCGCAAACCACCCAUUAAAAUUUAUAUGAAAAGCUUUGAGCGGUUUUUGUAUCUAAGUGUUUUCAAAUUUCUGGCUUCCCAACUUUCUUUAGUUAAUUGUUGAUGUUUCUUUACCAGGUGCAAAGGAAUUGAGUUCUUACGAGUCUGAAAAGCGACCCAUCGCUGUCUACGAGUUUGCUGGUUCUUUGGCAAUAGAAAGUAACGAAUUCAAUUUGUACAUGCACAAUUAAUGUAAUUAUAUUUUGGGGCACGUAUUUUUCAGCCGAAUUGCUACCAGGCAACACAACGUACAGUGUUGCUUCUGAUUUUACCUACUGAGGCGCGGGAAAAUUAACGCGGGUAACCAAGUUGUGAUUGGUUUUAAAUUUUUAUUUUUUAAUCUGAUUGGGUAGAAAGUAACACGAGUUCUCGGGGACAGUUACAGAACGAACUAAAACAAAACUAGAACGAUCCUGUCACACAAACUUGUUCUUUACUGAUAUCUUAUUAUUUCCUUUUCCAGCAAGGAAAACCUACGAAUCAUUUACCGAAGAGAAGUUUGUGGAAUACAUGGCACGAGCAACUUUACCAGAGGAAGAGUUUAUCAGGCACAGAGAGGCGAUACGAGAAUUAUUGCACACAUAG